UAAAAUUUGGAAAAAUUGCCAAAAUUCACUAAAAGUCUCCCACUAGGUCGGUCAUGUCCAAACAAUUGUUUUAAAACUAAUUGAAAUGACAGCUGCUUUCCACUAUUGCAAAUAGCUUAUUAAGCUUCUGUCACGAAUUCAUGACUGGUUCUCAUUAAAGAGCUUGAAAAGUUGACCGUUGUCUAGAAUUCAGUGCCAUUAGCAAGUCUGGGGUUCUCCGUUCAGUAACACAUUAGAUAAUAAGUUGAAAGGACAGCAAAUUAGACUAUAAACAUAGUUUCAGGAAUUGUAUUGAGUAAGCUAAGCUACGACAAAGUAGCAGAGGCACUGGAUGAGAGAAACCAACAAUUUUAGGUCAAAAAAGGCAACUUUAGAUAUUUCUGAACCAAUUAAUAGAAGGGAGAACUUUAGCAGAUCGUCAAUUUGGACAGGGACUACCAAACUUAACUUUAAGACUGCUGAACAAUGUAAAUUUCAAAACUGACCAUCAUUUAACACUAAGGACAUUCUGAAAUAGGACUUUAACUUAGAAUACCUCAACAAAAUAAUCAUGAAAAGUCUCAAUAAAAUUCCAAUGAAGCUCCUCAACAUUAUUCAACCUUAUACAACACGUUCAAUUCUGAAAUAUUCAGCAAUAAUUGUAAUCACUUGGAUUGUUGUCUUUGCCUGCUUUUUGACAUCAACAACACUUAACAACCAACAAAAACUCAACCAGAACCUCAAAACCAUCAACAACCUUGAAUCUAAAAUGUCCAACAUCCAAAAAAUCACAGCUAACUCCAAAAUCACAUCACAACUUAAUCUAGACUUCAUCCUCCCAGACGGACUAACAGAUGAAGCAAAAACUUACAUCAAGGAACUAAACUUAACAUCGCCAGGCGAGAACAACCAACCAUUUCACUUCCACAAACCAAUUCCUGCACACAUAGUCAAUAAAACUGAAGAAAUGUACAAUAAAUAUGGAUUUAAUGCCUUUGCAUCUUCACUAGUCAGCCUUAAUCGGAACUUACCAGACGUACGUAAUGAUGUUUGUAAGAAUCGGAAGUACAGGAACGAGCAGUUCUCUAAAGUAUCAAUAAUUAUUCCAUUCUAUAAUGACGAAUGGAGUCUGUUGAUGAGGACUGUCCAUUCAAUCAUCCGGAAGUCGCCGUUGCACCUGAUUGAGGAAAUAAUCUUAGUCGAUGACUAUUCAACUUACGAACACCUGCAAGAAAAUCUCAAAAACUACACAAAAUCACUUCCAGUGACUGUAAAAGUCAUCCGAACACACAAAAGACUUGGAAUUGUUGCAAAUCGUGUCUUUGGUGCUAGAAAUGCAGUCGCGCCUGUCUUGAUAUACGUCGACAGUCAUAUUGAGUGUUUUGAUGGAUGGCUGGAACCGAUACUUGAUAGAUUUGUGGAUAAUAUGGAACUUGUUGUGUCACCAAACAUCUCAGACACAAAUCGAUUCAAUUUAGCUGUGAACUUCAAUAAGACAGCUGGAAGAACGAUGGGAAUGAAUUGGCGGUUGGAAUUUAAAUGGAUCCCAAAUGAAGUCAUUGAAGGCAACAAAUCAGUUCCAAUUUAUGACCCAAAACCAACUCCAAUUGUCAUCUUUGCUGUCCUUGCAAUUGGCAGGAAGUUCUUUGAAAAAAUUGGAUAUUUGGACAUUGACUUUGACAUUUGGGGCGGCGAGGACUUCGAACUAGCUCUUCGUGCUUGGAUGUGUGGCGGUCGAGUAGAACUUGUUCCUUGUUCACUUGUGGCUCACAUGUUUCGGGAACAUAAGUAUAAGCAUAGAUCGAAGGGAAAGGGCGGAUAUCGAUGGAAUAUGAAUCGAAUUGCUGAGAUUUGGCUGGGGAAGUACAAGAGGAGGUAUUACAAGUAUGUGAAGCCAAGAAGGAGGAGGUUUGGGGAUAUUCAGGAAAGAUUGAAGCUUAAAAAGGAACUGAACUGUAAAAACUUUCAAUGGUAUUUGGAUAAUGUGUUUCCGGCAUUGAAGGAGAUGGAUUGAUUGGAUGUUGGUGGAUAAUUUGAGGAUCGAGGAUGGGGUUAAGGGUCAAGAGGGGUAAGGACACAAGAAAGGGUAUCUAAGAGUUGAUGUAAUGAAUGAGUAGGUAAAGGGAGCGUCCUGGUGAGACUGCAAAGCUAGAAGCAAGCUUAACACUAUCAAUGCUUGCCACAGUUCCUGUUUUAUUUUUAACAAUCUUCUAAUUUUAAAUCAAUUAGCAUUCGACAAGUCGAACAUUAAGUCAUCAUUAUCUUGACCUUUUCUUUGUCUCUACCUGUCUCUAUUGUAUGUGCUAGUAU